AUGUGUGUGUUCUGGUCUUCAGAUCCCUGUUUCCUCACACUGGAUCCCAACACAGCACAUAUUGAGCUCAGACUGUCUGAGGAGAACAGAAAGGUGAAGCGUGUGGGAGAGAGGCAGCCGUAUCCUGAUCAUCCAGACAGAUUUGAUUAUUACGCUCAGGUGUUGUGCAGAGAGAGUGUGUGUGGACGCUGUUACUGGGAGACUGACUGGAGUGGAGAUGGUGUGGACAUAUCAGUGUCGUAUAAGAGCAUCAGGAGGAAGGGAUACGGUAAAGAGUGUUGGUUUGGAUAUAAUGAUCAGUCCUGGAGUUUGCUCUGCACUCCCUCCAGUUUGGCAUUAAAACACAAUAACAGAGAGACAGUUCUCCCUGUAGAGCAGAUCAGCAGUAGAAUAGGAGUGUUUGUGGAUCACAGUGCAGGAACUCUGAUCUUCUACAACAUCUAUAGAGACACAAUGAGCCUCAUCCACUCAGUCCAGACCACAUUCACUGAGCCGCUCUAUCCUGGGUUUAGGGUUUAUUUCAAUGGAUCAUCAGUGAAACUGAGCUGAAGACUGAGCGGCUGAGGAGAGAUUCCUCUGGAGUCUGUGUGUGUGUGUGUGUGUGUGUGUGUGCUCUAUAAACUCAUGUGUUUCCUUCUGCUUGUAUAAAUGUACAGUAAUCUCUCCUCUGUGUUAUCUCUGUCUUCUUCUCCUGUUGUCUUGUUCAGUUCAUCACUUUAGUUCCUCAUGUGGUGUUGAAAGAGCUUCAUCAAUUAUGGAGUUGAGUUGAGAACAAACUCCACCAUCAGCCUAUACGCACACACACAGGUUAUUGUUGUGGUGUGUGUGAGUCUGAGUGAUCAUGAAAGGUGUGUGUCGUCAUCAGAGCUCCUGCAUCUGCUGUGAUUCACACUAAACAUCAGAUGAGGAUUAUCCAACUUGGAAAAAAUGUCUGAACACCACCUGAAGUCAGAUAUCUGAGCUGUAAACUGGAGACAGGUGGAGCAGUCCUGACCU